AUGGACGCCUCGUCGACAGCGUCGUCCACGAUGAAUGGCGACGACCGCUCAACGAUGGGCAAAGACGUCGGGGGCUUCUCUACUCCCGACCACGUCCUGGUCGAUCGGCAGCCGCCGCAACAGCCUGCAACAGAGGCCAACAUGUACCCCGAGCCGGCGAAUGCAGUAGAGGCAGACCUCGAGAAAUCUGGUCUGGCUGUACCAGAGAAACCCGCCGGUGCGCCGCCUGGUUUCUCGCCAGCUGAUUUCCCUGAUGGAGGGCGGGAUGCUUGGCUAUGUGUUUUUGGUGGAUUCUUCGCUCUGUUCUGCACCUUUGGGCUGGUGAACUGUGUUGGUGUGUUUCUGUCGUACUACAUUAAAGGCCCGCUGUCAUACUACGACGAAAGCACCGUCAGCUGGAUUACGAGUGUUCAGAUCUUCGUUCAGACAGGCACGACAAUCAUCUGGGGCCGACUCUACGAUACCUACGGGCCUCGAUGGCUGCUGAUCACCGGGACUAUCUUAUACUCUUUCGGCCUUAUGAUGACCUCCCUAUCGACUGAAUACUAUCAGUUCUUCCUAUCGCAGUCCAUACUUGCUGCAGCAGCAUCUGGCGCCAUCUUUAACGCGGCCAUGUCUUCGGUGACAACAUGGUUUUUCAAGAAGAGGGGUGCAGCUUUCGGUAUUAUUGCUUCGGGAUCAUCACUCGGUGGUGUCUGUCUACCCAUUAUGAUGAACCACCUUAUCCGACAGAUCGGCUUUCCCUGGACGAUGCGCGUCGUUGCCUUCAUGUUUCUGGGUAUGUGCGGCAUCGCUUCCGCAACCAUCAAAUCUCGUCUCCCUCCGCGACCCAAGCCCGUCGUCUUCAAGGAUUACCUGAAGCCGUUCACUGAGCCAACUAUGGGCCUGACCAUGCUCGCUGGGUUCUUCUUCUACUUUGGCAUGUUCUUGCCGUUCAGCUACAUCACACUCCAAGCCCAGAGUGCUGGCAUGGACGAGUCUUUGUCUGAAUAUCUGUUGCCGAUUCUCAAUGCUGUGAGCAUCUUCGGCCGUAUUGGACCCGGGAUUCUCGCUGACAAGGUCGGCCGUUUCAACAUGAUCAUCUGCAUCACUCUCUUGUCGGGCGUGAUCACUCUAGCCCUGUGGAUUCCAGGGAAAAGCAGUGCGGCUCUUAUCGUUUAUGGGGUCAUCUUCGGGUUCUCUUCAGGUGGCUUCAUCUCACUGAGCCCUGCUUGUAUUGCUCAGAUAUCGGAUGUUCGAGAGAUCGGAACACGUACUGGAACGGCCUUCUUGGUAACGGCAAUCGGUGCCCUUACUGGAUCCCCAAUCGGAGGCGCGCUGGUCACCUCCAUGAACGGCAGCUACCUGGGCCUGCAGCUUUUCUGCGGCAUCGCAAUGACAUCCAGUGUUGUCGUGUACAUCGCUGCGCGGUAUACGCAGCAAGGAUUCAAGCUCGUCAAGGUAUGA